AAUUGCAGGAAGACAAAACUAGAAAAUUGAGUUUGGCAAGAUUCAGUUUUGUGUGAAGUGGCCUUUGGGAGGGAAACAGUGAGCCCAAAGGAGGAGGAGGAGGAGGAGGAAGGGGGGUGGACAAAGAGAAGGUGGCCAGGUGUAUUGAGUCUCAGUCAGCACUGGUCAUGACCACAGCUCCAUGCCGAUAGCUACGAGAAGAGAGCAGAACGAGUGAGGAGCCGCCAAGGGACACAGGAUGGUGAGGUGUUGGAAGCAUUCAGACAACCGUUUGGAGGAAGCACAGUGCACGGAUGGGGGCUCUGCUGCGUCCUCCCAGUCCCACUUCCCACACAAGGCAUUCUGGGUCAGCCUCUCAGCCUCUCUACUCCUGGUCAUCAUUGCCCUCGGUUUGACGGGGCACCUCGGGCUGUCGCAGCCUCACUCUCAGUCUUCACAGAUUGUCCGAAUCACCGUUCCAGAUCAGACUGGAGUUCUGAUCAACCAGUCGGUCGUCGUGGACCAGCAGAACGACCUGGUGACCUUUUCUGUGACCUCACCAGCAAAUCAGACGUCCACCGUGCUCUUCGAUACCAAACAUGGUUUGAUAUGUUACAAACCUGUGGAGCAGGAGAGCUGCUUCCUGCGAAAGAUGGAGAAGUCUGACUAUGACAACGUGCACUCCCUCCUCCACGAGUCAACACACAAGAGUCAGUUCCAGCUGUCUGGGAAUGAGACCCAGAGGCAGACGGAGUUCCUGGGAGUGCUGGCAGCCAGUCGGGUGGAUGUGUCCACGCUGGAGGAGCCUCUCCAGGCUCUGUGUCGGGACAGGUCCGUCCACUGGACCAGGAGGGCCGAGGGCCCGGGCAAACAGAGGCUGGUCUACUUCUGCAUCGACAUCUGCUUUCCCAGCAACAUCUGCGUGUCUGUGUGCUUCUACUACCUGCCAGAGUGACUGUGUAUUCUCUUCGUCUCCUCCCAGCAAAAGAUCAGGGAAACAAAGUUGUCUUUUUAGCUCCCUCUACAAAAAAAAAAAAAAAAACAGAACAAAAGCCGGCUUUGACUGUUUCCUUUGUGCCAUAUAGCCGCCAGUAAACCAGUGAAGCAGCCAACCCUCCUAGUCCAUUUCCAUCCUUCCGAGAGAGAAGAGAUGGAGACAGGCUGUCAUGGUUAUUGCCAAAGCCCCAUCGUCACUCUCUUCAUGUGUAAUACCCUCUCUGGUGGCACACCUCAGAGAUUACAAAAGAAAGAUCCCCUUUUUGUAUGUGCUUCUAAUUGUAUUUCCUGUAACACAUUGCUGAAGUUUAAUUAUGUGUAACCGUUCCUGUUGCAAUGAGAGUGUUUUGAUCUGUCCAAUAAAAGACUGUUGUGUA